AUGAGUGAAGUCAGUGAACCCCGAGCCUCAUCCUCAUCGUCCAGCAGUGGCGGUGUCGGAGAAUGGAGACGCAUACACAAACCAGACAAUGGAAGGCCUAAUGAGAAGGAUUUACAGGAAUGGCAACAGGUCGAUGCAACAAACGAGAUCAACAUUGAGGAGGAAGAAGACAUGACUGAAAUAUCAGUACCCCCCGAAGAAGAAUACGUAUCUAUUGAUGCUGGUUAUGUAGCCUCACUUGUAGACGAAUCUACCGUUGAACGAGACAGAUAUGGGUUCAAAAAGACAUUUGAUGCUAUAAAUAAAGACACCCAGAGCGCUUUUGAUCUCAAGUACGAAAAGCUCUUGCUGCUUAGAGAGAAGGAUUGGAGGGCUUUUCUUACUGCCAAGGAUGGGGCAGUCAAGCUACCAGCAAAGGACAACAAACUGAAACGACUUGUUCGUCUCGGGAUACCGCGGGCCAUUCGAGGACAGUGUUGGUACCAUUAUAGUGGAGCAGAUAUAAAAAGACGUCAGUAUCCAAGUCUAUAUGCACAACUAUGUGCUCAGGAAACUCUAGAUUUGGCUGCUGGUCAUACCAAAGAAGUCAACAAGAUUAUCGAACAUAUUGACAUUGUUGACAGAGAUCUGCUACGGACAUUCCCAGAAAACGUACACUUUAGAAUGCCUCCAUCACCAAAAGGAAUCUUCAACAACCUAUUUAAACCAAACUCAUCAUCCCCAACGCCGUAUCUCGAAUCCAUGCGCCGAGUCCUCGUUGCAUUCGCAUACUAUUCAUGGCCACAUCCAGACCCAAAAUUGAAACUCAAACACUCGAAAUAUAACGUCGGGUAUUGCCAGUCCCUAAACUUUGUCGUCGGCAUGCUCCUCCUCGGAAUAGCCGAUGGCCAACCACUCGAAGUAGGCUCGCCAUCCAUACUACAGCAACCAGCAAUAGAUCCGGGAUUCACAUGGAGCCCCGUAACAUCUCAACGUGAGGUGGAAACACGAGCAUUUUGGAUACUAGCCGCUGCUGUGGACGACCUCCUACCUCCUGAAAUGUAUGGAUCUAAUUUAGAAGGUGUACAGAUUGAACAGGAUAUAUUAUGGCAGUCUAUAAUGGGGAAGGGCGGUAGGAGGUAUGGGGUUGGUAAAGUAGCUAAAUUUAUAGGGAAUAUGGAAAAGAAUGGCGUGUCGUCAAAGAGUGGUCUGAGGAAGGCUGCACGCUCUUUACAGCAAAAUGGAGGACAUGAGCCGAUAAAGAUGCCACCGCUGAGUAUGGUUACUACGCAGUGGUUUUUGACUAUUUUUGUGAAUGUGGUCCCUACAGAGACGCUGAUGCGUAUAUGGGACAUGUUCUUCUAUCAAGGUGAAAAGAAUUUGAUGCGAGUCACACUGACUUUGCUCAAGAUUCACGGCGAUGACUUGACAAAGAUUGAAGAUCCAAUGGAAGCAUGGCGGUUUGUGAAGGAUAUGGGCAAGUUCAUGUAUGAUUGUGAAAACUUGAUGGAGAUUUGCUUCAAAUCACGCUUCUCCACAAAAUCAACCUCAUCACCAACAAACAUGGCAAACGGAAACAUGUCAUCCUCAAUAUCAUCCGGAUCCUCAUCAGGUCGCAUAUCAUCAUCCUCACCACGCCCCUCGGAUUCAGACGUAGUAGACCAAUCGUUACAACCCCAACAGAGAACACGGGCUUCAACAGAUGCCAGUAGUAUAAGUACCGGUUCGAAUAAAGCGAAACUGGUACGAACUGGAGUUGGGAGUAUCAGGAAUAGUGAUUUGGAAAUGUAUCGAGAACAGGUUAUUGCGCAAAGGAGGAAGCAGAUGGCUAAGGGGGGUUCAUCUUGA